AUGCCACGUCUAGCACAAGUCCUCCUCGCGGCCGGGGUAACUCUCCUUGGCCUCACUUCUGCACAAUGCAACCUGACAUCAAAAGCCAGUAUCGCCACUGCUGAUGGCGUGGAGCAGAAGCUCCUCCGCACCGGUUUGCAGCGGCCCCGACACCUUGUUGUCGACACCGAGGGCAAUCUUCUAAUCGCUGAGUCUGGUAACAAGGGUGUCAGGAGGGUUGUUCUUGAUGGCGGUAAAGACCUAGACGUUUGCAUCGACUCUGAUAAGGCCUUGAUUUCUGAUGCAAAUCUUAACCACGGUAUUGCUCUCACGGCCGAUGGCAAGACCAUCCUAGUUUCUAGCCCCAGCGAGGUCUACGCCUACGACUAUGAUGCCUCCAAAGGCAGCGUGGGCUCCCGGCGGACCGUCAUUACUGGUAUGGAUGGAUCUGCGACACACUCUACUCGCACAUUGACCAUCCCUCUUGCCGGCAAUCCCAAUCUGCUCCUCGUCGCUGGCGGAUCCGAUGGCAACUUGGACACGGCAACUGUGGACAAAAAUGUUGUUCGAAGUCAGGUGAGAGUGUUCAAGAUUGAUGAGUUGUUGUCGGCGGAAGCACCCUUGGAAUAUAGCAAAGCGUCUUUAUUCGGCUGGGGACUUCGUAACAGUGUUGGCUGGGCAGAGGACCCUUCCACGGGAAAUAUUUGGUCCGUUGAGAACUCAGUCGACAAUCUUUACCGUGGAGACGUCGAUAUACAUGACAGCAAUCCUGGUGAAGAAUUCAAUUUUCACGGCCUUCCCAAUGAUACCUCGAGCGCCCAGUACGGUGCCAACUACGGAUAUCCAGGAUGCUUUGCCAUCUACGAUACCUCAAACGUCAAGGAGUACCCAGGUGGAGCAGAGGUUGGCAAGCAAAUGGCUGCUACACCCCAGGGAGAGAAAGAUCUGGGAUUCACAGACGAGGAGUGCCAGGAGAAGCAAGCACCGAGGAUCACGUUCGGUUCUCACCUUGCUCCAUUGGACGUCAAGUUUCGCGAUGGCAGUGCGGCAUACAUCUCAUUUCAUGGAAGCUGGAACCGCAACCCUGGCGAUGGGUACCGUGUUAGUAAGGUGGACUUUGCCAACGGCAAACCAGUGUCUUCCUCUAAGGAUCCUAAAGCAGAAGUGCCGCUCAUGUGGAACACGGACAACACCAAGUGCCCUUCAGGCUGUUUCAGGCCCGCGGGACUGGCAUUUGACAAGGCUGGAAGGCUGUUCAUGACUAGUGAUUCGACAGGCGAGCUUUAUGUUCUCACGGGUGUCUAG